GCCCGCCCGCCAUGGCCGACCCGGCCCCCGCCCGCAGCCUCGACGACAUCGACCUCUCCGCCCUCAGGGAUCCUGCUGGAAUAUUUGAACUGGUGGAGGUGGUCGGCAAUGGAACGUACGGACAGGUGUACAAGGGUCGCCAUGUCAAGACGGGGCAGUUGGCCGCUAUCAAAGUCAUGGACGUCACGGAGGACGAAGAGGAAGAGAUCAAGCAAGAGAUCAACAUGCUGAAGAAGUACUCUCACCACCGCAACAUUGCCACUUACUACGGGGCCUUCAUUAAGAAGAGCCCCCCCGGGAAUGAUGACCAGCUCUGGCUGGUGAUGGAGUUUUGUGGCGCAGGCUCCGUGACAGACCUGGUGAAGAACACGAAAGGCAACGCCCUGAAGGAAGACUGCAUCGCCUACAUCUGCCGGGAAAUCCUCAGGGGGCUGGCCCACCUCCAUGCACACAAGGUGAUCCACCGAGACAUCAAGGGCCAGAACGUCCUCCUCACCGAGAACGCGGAGGUGAAGUUAGUUGACUUUGGGGUCAGCGCGCAGCUGGACCGCACGGUGGGGCGUCGGAACACGUUCAUCGGCACCCCUUACUGGAUGGCGCCAGAGGUGAUUGCCUGCGACGAGAACCCUGACGCCACAUACGACUACAGGAGCGACAUCUGGUCCCUGGGGAUCACCGCCAUCGAGAUGGCCGAGGGAGCGCCACCCCUGUGCGACAUGCACCCCAUGAGGGCCUUGUUCCUCAUCCCUCGCAACCCGCCGCCCAAGUUGAAAUCCAAGAAAUGGUCCAAGAAGUUCAUCGACUUCAUUGACAACUGCCUGAUCAAGGCCUACACCAGCCGCCCCCCGACAGAGCAGCUCCUCAAGUUCCCCUUCGUCCGGGACCAGCCCACGGAGCGGCAGGUCCGCAUCCAGCUCAAGGACCACAUCGACCGCACCCGCAAGAAGAGGGGGGAGAAAGACGAGACGGAGUACGAGUACAGCGGCAGCGAGGAAGAGGAAGACGGGCGCGGCGAGGAAGGAGAGCCCAGCUCCAUCAUGAAUGUCCCCGGGGAGUCGACGCUGCGCCGGGAGUUCCUCCGCCUGCAGCAGGAGAACAAGAGCAACUCGGAGGCCCUGAAGCAGCAGCAGCAGCAGCUGGCAGCCCAGCACCGCGACUCCGAGGCCCACAUCAAGCACCUCCUGCACCAGCGCCAGCGGCGCAUCGAGGAGCAGAAGGAGGAGAGGCGGCGCGUCGAGGAGCAACAGCGCCGAGAGCGGGAGCAGCGCAAGAUGCAGGAGAAGGAGCAGCAGCGACGCCUGGAGGACAUGCAGGUCAUGCGCCGGGAGGAGGAGCGCCGGCAGGCUGAGCGAGAGCAGGAGUAUAUCAGGCACAAGCUAGAGGAAGAACAGAGGCAGCUGGAGAUUCUGCAGCAGCAGCUCCUCCAGGAACAAGCACUGCUGUUGGAGUACAAGCGCAAGCAGCUGGAGGAGCAGCGGCAGUCGGAGCGGCUCCAGCGCCAGCUGCAGCAGGAACACGCCUACCUGAAGUCCCUCCAGCAGCAGCAGCAGCUCCAUAAGCAGCAGCAACAGCAGCAGCAGCAGCAGCAGGAGAAGAAGCCCCUGUACCACUACAACCGCAGCGCCAACCCUGCCGACAAGCCCACCUGGGCCCGGGAGGUGGAAGAACGGACCCGCAUGAACAAGCAGAACUCCGCCUCGCCGGUGGCCAAGACCAAACUGGGGGGUCCCGGGCCAGAGUCGGCAUCCCAGUCCCGCUCCGAGUCGGUGUCACUCAACUCCUCCCCAGCCUCGCAGACCCCGCCUAUGCAGCGCCCUGUCGAGCCCCAGGAGGGGCAGCACAAGAGCCACCUCGCCCACCGCGUCCCCCUCAAGCCAUACGCAGCCCCCGUCCCUCGCUCCCAGUCGCUGCAGGACCAGCCCAGCAAGAACAUGGCCGCUUUCCCCGUCCAUGACUCCUCCUCCUCCUCCGCCGCCUCCUCCGCCUCCUCCUCCUCCUCCGCCCCAUCCCCACCAAGGGCGGGCAUGAUCCGGCAGAACUCCGACCCCACCUCGGAGAGCCCCGCCCCACCGCCGAGCCGGCCCACCGCCGCCGAACAGCGAGGACCCUGGGUCAGAAUGGAUCCCGAGGCCCCUCCCAAGGUCCCCCAGCGAACGUCCUCCAUCGCGACGGCACUCAACACCAGCGGGGCAGGGAGUGGGGGCAGUGCCAUCCGGCCAGUCCACGCAGUCCGAGCCAGGCCCCGUAGCAAGUCUGCCUGGCACAUCCACAUGCAGAGCCGGCUGGAGAGGGGCCCCCGGUGGGGGGGCCCUUCGCCAGCCCCUCCUCCUCCUCCUGCCCCCCCGCAGCCCGCCCGCCGGACCCCGCCCCGGGACCCUCUGGCCCCCGUGCCAAACGCCAGUAGCAACCCCGACCUCCGGAGGAGCGACCCAGGCUGGGAGAGGGCGGACAGUCUGCUGCAGUCCGGCACGGGCAACCUGCCCCAGGCUGGCUCUCUGGAGCGCAACCGCAUAGGAGCCCCCCUGAAAUUGGACAGCUCUCCGAUCCUGCCGCCAGGGAACAAGCCCAAGGGGGAUGACCACCGGUCCCGGCCUGGGCGGCCAGCGAGUUAUAAGCGGGCAAUCGGAGAGAACUUUGUGUUGCCCAAGGACCGCCUGGAGGAGGCGGCCCCCAAGCCCCUCAAGAAGGCCAUGGACUACUCCUCCUCCAGCGAGGAGAUGGACUCGAGCGAGGAGGAAGAGGAGGAGGAGGAGGAAGGAGAGGGGGAGCGCUCCGAGCCCACGGCAGACACUCCGGGAACCAGAGACGGCGACACGGACUCCGUGAGCACCAUGGUGGUGCACGACGUGGAGGACCUGACGGGCGGCAGUGGCGGCUCAGAGAGCUCCUAUGGCGAGGGCACCAUGCUGGUGCAGCGGACGCCCGAGGAGGAGCGGGGCCUCCUGCACAGCGACAGCAACGGCUACACCAACCUGCCGGACGUGGUCCAGCCCAGCCACUCGCCCACCGAGGCCAAGAGCAGCAGCAACGGCUCCUCCUCGCCGGCCAAGGACGCAGCCACCGACUACCAGUCAAGGGGGCUGGUCAAGGCUCCCGGGAAGAGCUCCUUCACGAUGUUUGUGGACUUGGGCAUCUACCACAGCUCGCCUGGAGGGGGCGACACCAUCCCCAUCACUGCGUUUGACCCAGGGCGGCUGGAGCAGCUGCAGCUGGAGGCGCGGAAGGGCUCCGUGGUCAACGUGAACCCCACCAACACGCGGCCCCACAGCGACACCCCCGAGAUCCGCAAGUACAAGAAGCGCUUCAACUCGGAGAUCCUGUGUGCCGCCCUCUGGGGGGUCAACCUGCUGGUGGGGACCGAGAACGGGCUGAUGCUCCUGGACCGGAGCGGGCAAGGGAAGGUCUACACCCUCAUCAACCGGCGCCGCUUCCAGCAGAUGGACGUCCUGGAAGGGCUCAACCUCCUGACCACCAUCUCGGGGAAGAGGAACAAGCUUCGCGUCUACUACCUCUCCUGGCUGCGGAACAAAAUUUUGCACAACGACCCUGAAGUGGAGAAGAAGCAAGGCUGGACCACCGUGGGGGACAUGGAGGGCUGUGUCCACUACCGCGUGGUGAAAUACGAGCGGAUCAAGUUCCUGGUCAUUGCACUCAAGAACUCAGUGGAAGUCUAUGCCUGGGCACCCAAGCCCUACCACAAAUUCAUGGCCUUCAAGUCUUUUGCUGACUUGCCUCACCGGCCGCUGCUGGUGGAGCUGACGGUGGAGGAGGGCCAGCGGCUCAAAGUGAUCUACGGAUCCUGCGCCGGCUUCCACGCCAUCGAUGUGGACUCAGGAAACAACUACGACAUCUAUAUACCAGUACAUGUAAGUCUGGCCAGUGGGCGGAAGAGAGGGGCAGGCUGUGGGGUGGGGGUGGGUUCCUCAUUUAAGCCUUCCUUCUCCUGCUGCCGCCCCCAGAUCCAGUCGCAGGUCACCCCCCAUGCCAUCAUCUUCCUGCCCAACGCCGAAGGGAUGGAGAUGCUCCUUUGCUACGAGGACGAGGGCGUCUACGUCAACACCUACGGGCGCAUCAUCAAGGACGUCGUGCUGCAGUGGGGGGAGAUGCCCACCUCUGUCGCUUAUAUCUGCUCCAACCAGAUCAUGGGUUGGGGCGAGAAAGCCAUUGAGAUCCGCUCGGUGGAGACAGGGCACCUGGACGGCGUCUUCAUGCACAAGCGGGCACAGCGCCUGAAGUUCCUCUGCGAGCGCAACGACAAGGUGUUCUUCGCCUCCGUUCGCUCUGGGGGCAGCAGCCAGGUCUACUUCAUGACCCUGAACAGGAACUGCAUCAUGAACUGGUGAGGGCAGGGGGGCUCGCCCCAGCCCGCCCCUCCUGCUUGCCCCACUCCAUGGAGGAUCUCGUCAGAUGCCCUGCUUGAGCUCAAGGCGGCCCAGAGAAGACCACCCAGUGAAAGUGGAAGCCAUGCCUUGGAGGGUCACUUCUCAG